AAAGCACGCCACGAUAUUCUUCUUCUACCUGACGCAACCGUAUCGCGGGGGAAGCUUUAAAUAGAUCGUGGUAUACGGCUCGUUAUAAACGUAGUGAAUUCGUUUAAGCGUGGCAGAUCGUGGCGCUUUCGUGCGAGCCGAGGAGACGAGAAGAGGAACGGCGAUCGAAAGGGACGCGGAUAUCGAAUCGAUCGGAUACGGCCCGGACAAAGAACAGCUAGUGGAAAAGAAAAGAGGAGAGAAGAAAGAAGAAGAAGAAGAAGAAGAAGAAGAUGAAGAAGAAGAAGAAGAAGAUUCUUUACUGGGAUUUCGCAUUGGAGAUUCUUCUUCUUCUUCUGGUACCGGUUGCGUAUCGUAAUCGAAGUAACUGGGCCUCGACGGGCACGGACAAUAACCACGUAUUCCGCAGAAGCAGGUGAUCUCUCGCGCGAGAGCAGAGGACAGGACGUUCAGAAAUCAAGCCUACCUUGAGAGACGAAUCUUUUUGCCUUGCAUCGCGCCGCUGACAAGACACGAUCCCCGGUAUAUAUAUAUAUACACGAGAAAUCUCUUCCAGAGAUAUCGCCUCCUCGUUUUAAAGAGUUAAUAUCUGUUCGACGCAUUAAGACGAGCCUGCCGAGAGAUUCUCAUAAGGAUCUCGAAACGUUUCGUUCCUAUCUACCUUGGUCGGGUCGUGGUAUAUAUCUCGUAAUAGGCUCUCCAUGACGCGUCGAUCGAGGUAAUUAAGGUGGCGUACGUCCCGCGAAACAUGUGGACGCUUUUAAAAUGAUAUCCACCUCUAUUUCUCAUGACGGUAGGUGAGCAUUAAACUGGUUAAAAAUAGAACCGAAGCGUAUUUGAAAGCGUAUUGUGAAGCGAUUACGAGUUUUUUCAUUAUACGAUACGGAGGAGAUACUCUCCCCUCCCUCUCCUUCUUCCCUUACUCCCCUCCCUUAAUGGGGGCCGGUCAAUGUCGGUGCAGAAAAAACUAAGCGCGGAAAGAGCGAGGAAUAAGAAUAGACGGCGCCAAAGGCUUAACAAGGAAACCGGUUCAAAACCUCCUGCGCCUGUGUACCGACUUUCAUGAGAGAUUCCACCGAGUCACUUCGACCACCGUGCGCAAUAUAUUGGACGUGUGUAUGAUUCCCGUAAUUCCUUCGACUACGAUCGCAACCGUGCGUUCCCUUCGCCGGGCAAUUAGCUAUUUCUACGUCAUGUCAAGAGGUAUUGGCGAGUCGGAACGAACGUUGAAUCUUGACCUCUUCCCCGGAGAAGAAGGAGGAGGAGGAGGAGGAGGAGAGUCGAGAAAGAGAGAGAGAAAUUCGACGAAGAAGGAAUAUGUAUGUAUUUCGAAGUAGGAAACGUUCGCGGUCGAUUCGAACGGCGUCUCUCAAAGCCGCAAUUUACGUCCAUCGGCGACAAACGGCAGAUACGAUAAUGCAGAUACGAUCCUCGAAUAGAAAAUGGUGAUUUUAAGGGAUGGUAUGCGGCGCGUUCUCGCAGCCACGCUCAGAAAUGAAGUCUACCUUGAGGUCGGUGUCUUUUUUGCGCCUACCCGUCGAUACAAUUCCAUUCAGGACGAUGAAGACCGUGAAAAGACACCAAAGAGAAAUUCCAUCCAUUGCGACCGUCAGCGUAAAACAAACUAAACGAUGGAACAACGUUAUUAAUAGCGUGUACCGCCACUCGCAAAUAGAUCGGGACGCCGAGUUCAGCGACAAACCAUCCUGACCGCUGUCUGCUUUCGCGCUUCGUUUUCCGUUUCCAAUACUUCUCAAAUCCAAUCCCAUAAUUCUUGCUCCAAUCUUAAAUCCAAUCUUAUUCCAAUCUCAUCCCAAUCUUCCGUUUCGUUGUAUAUUCGUUGUGUAUACUUUGACGCGAAAAGGAAAAAGGAAAAAAAAAAAAGAAAGAAAAAGAAAAAGAAAAUUUUUAUUAUUCGCGUUUGCUCGAUUCUCGUUAAAACGAAGCAUCCGGUUCGCCGAGAAUCUUUCCUCGAUAAGGAAAAAGGAAGAUGAGGGAGAGAGAGAGAGAGAGAGAGCGAGAGCGCACGUUGGUACGCUCGCAAGUGUAUGGUGAAAAGUUGGCCGAGAGAGUAAAGUUCGCGAGGGGAAGGAAGGAAGGAGAGUACGGGCGCGAGAAGCCGUGUCAACGAACGCACCGCAUCAUCCUCUCUAACCCUCCGGCAGCGCGAGGGUCUAUUGUGGCUAGUUUUUUCUCUGACCUUGUCACCUUGCAGGUUUUUUGCCGCGGCCAAGUCGAUUACAUUUCGGAUCAGUUCCUCCGUAUCCCCCGUCCACGUCUCGCGCUAUCCCGCUCUCUCGUGCCCGCUCGUCCCUUCGUGGGCUCCGCUCGUCCUGCUCUAGGUUAGUCAGUGAAUCAUCUUCAACGACCCCCUCCUCUGGGAUCCGGGCAGAAGACUCUUAAGGGGGCCCACAGCGCAGCGCGAGGCCAGUCCGAGAACGCGACCCUAACACUAACAUCCGGUGUAUUCCGAGAGUCGGAAACGGAAACGGCUGCUUGAUCGAUUAAUCGACACACGCCACCAUGAAGAUCGCUCUACUGCUGCUGCUCGUCGCGGCCUUCGCCUCAGGCCAAAGGAUCACGACGAUUCAAUUGGAUGGCGUGCAAUAUUUCGUUUCAAGGAUGAAUCCCUACAGUCCCGAAUUGAACUAUUUCCUGGCAUAUCAAUAUUGUCGUUCACUGGGUCUUCAGUUGGCCUCUUUCGAGACAAAGGAAAAAGCCGACACGAUGACGCAGUAUUUGAAAAACGCCGGCUACGUUAAAUACGACUUCUGGACGUCCGGCAACAAGUUGGGCACGGACAUGUUCCUGUGGAUGAGCACAGGUCUUCCCUUCAAUGCCACCUUCGACUACAUGUUGAGGCGACCUGGCAACAGACCUGCUGACGUCCCACCCGGCACUGAGCCUCAACGAGUGGCGCGUGAAAGCGGUGACAGCGGGAGCGCGGACGGAUGCGUCGCCAUGGUGGCACCCACGUUAGCCUGGGAGGCGCAAGAUUGUACCCUGGUUAAGGACUUCAUCUGCGAGCAAACAAGAUGCUACUACUACAACUACGGAAGCAUUCCAGUCUCUGCGACUCAGGGGUAAGAGGUGAGAUAAUACUUGUUACAAAAAAAGAAAAAAAAAUACACGAAACCGCCGAGAAAAAGGGGGGAAGAAAUAAAAAGAAAGAUAAAGAGAGAGAAAGAGAGAGGGGGAAAAUGAGAUAGAUAGAGGCAGGCUAUUGUCAUGUAAGACGUUUCAUUUCAUCGAGGUAUAGCGAGGUGAAUCUUAAAAUGGCGCACGGACAAAAAAAUAAAGAAUGAUAGAGAAGAUAGAAAAGACACGAUGAUAUUGGCCCAUCCGCGAUUCUUAAUACUGGUAGCUAUAUUUCGAGUGCAAAUCAUGUGAUACUUCCGUCAAUUAUGUGAAUUUAUCGAUUCGAACGUUCAAUCAUCGGUUCAACGAUUCAACGAUUAAUUAAAUGGAUUGUCGAGAGAUAGGCAUCGAGUCCCCGGAUGGAUUGACGCGUUGGCAAAUUUUUUUCUCCGUGCAGUAUACACGAAUUUAACGAAACAAAGUGAUAUAAAUAACGCUUCGCUGAAUAAUUUAAUCCGUAUAAACGAGUAUAAGAUAAAAAUGGUAAUUGGGGAAAUCUCUUGGUGUCGUUCGUAACGCUUAUCACGGCUUGCAAUUAUUAUUAACGCAUUCUCUCGCAAAUAUCAGACACACAUGAAAAAGCUACUACUACGAUUUUCUUUUUCAAAAAGAAUUACACGUACCUCUCUGAGCUGAGCUAGUGGUGCCACACCUUUUCCCUUCAACGUCUCUGCUUUCAAUAUACGCACAGCCGACUAACUAAUUGCCAACUAAUCCACACUAUAAGAAACACGAUUAACUUGGCGUUCUCUCUGAAUAACGAAUCUCUCUAAUCCCAUUCGCUUCGAUACGAAAAGAGAAUCGACGACGAGAAUCUCCCCUGAAACCAGUGCGCGAUUUGCAGAAAUCGCAGACCCUAUAUAACAACGACCUCGGCGCCAGCCAGCGACGACCAGGUCGACGAGCACGAGGAAGGCAACGCCGGCAAGAACGACGAGCAAAAUGAGAGUAGCGUCGACGAGAAAUCAACACCGGAGGAGGAGGAGAGCUCCUUUGAAGAGAAAUCGCCUGAAGAUCCGGUCGUCAGCAGGCUCAUUACCACGGCCGUUCCCGCGUCUGACAAGCAACAAUCCGCGUUGACACCGUCCACGCCCUCGCCCGCCGUCACCGAGGAUCACGAGCAACCGACCGACGCCGAUCCGGACAACGCCAGGCCCGAGCAUCUUCUCGACAUAACGAGCCUCUUCACCGAUACACCAGGCCCCCAGGCCAGAAAGGACAACGUGUUCGAGGGGCUUCAAACCCGCGAGGUUCACCGCUCCUCUCUACGCUCGGCCUCCAACAUGAAGGCCGAGCAUCGAGAGUCACCGGAUUACUUCGAGGUGCGCGGCGAGACCGAGGCGCCCAACAACGGAUUGGAAGACGCUCACACGGUCGGCCCUUACGACAGCGUCCAAGAUUACUACGUGAACGACCAGCCGGAGGCGGGCGAGUCGUCUAUGAUGAAAGAUCAGGACGACGACAGCAGCACGAUCCUGCCAGAAGCGGAACCGGCCUACAGGUACAACAUCAAAGUGCGCACCAACGGAAAAGUAUUAGACCCUCCGUCCAAGUAACGCUUUACAAUUUAGGCAAUCGUCACGAUUAUUCGUUGAUAAGUGAUGAAUAAGGGAGAUUCUCGAAGGAACUAGAUAUAUUAAUGUACGUUAUUUUAUGUGUAUAUCGCGGACAAACGAGACAAUCGCGCGACCCCGUCGCGGUGAUUGGUGGGGAGGCUCCGUUCGUCGCCAUUCAUCGCUCAUCCAUUCCGUUCUGAUUUCGAAACGAAUUCCCGGUAGUGCUCGUCGGAUUUCUUUCACGCCACGUUCAUCAUCGUCGUCGGGGCUCCCGCUCGACAGAAGGAAAAAGACGUUUUUACAUUUCGUUUUCGGGGAUACGUUCGUUUGCUGCUCUCUUCCAUUCUCUGUUCAAAACAACCGUGAAUAAUAACGAUUACUUUUUCUAAAACGAAUUUCGACGAAACGUUAAUUCUUUUCCUUCUGGCCCCGAUCCCCGACGAUUACCGACCGACGUCGUUCUCGCAAGGGCAUUCACUCCACUCCGUUCAAUUCGAUCUUUUAAUCGUCCACGAGAGUGGCACCGGCGGACACGUAACGCGUGACGGCUCGCGCUCCAUUCUCCUCCUAUCUCUUUACCCGUCUUUUCCUUUGUUAUCGAGCCACGUAUCACUUAAUAUCGACUCGCCGUCGUAGACGAUAAUAACGCGAACGUGAGGAGGGGGAUCAUCCGCGUGGGAUCUCAGGCAUUAAGCUAGCAAUGGAGGUUGAAUCAUCGUUCUUCUCUAAGGGUAAUAGAAUCGUCAUCAAUCAUGUAGGCUUGGUCCGCCAGUGUCACGAAUAAUAAUUUCAUUAUUCGUAUCGGUGAAUAAUCAUCUUAGUUCUAAUGUAAUCAUAUUCGUACGUCCGCAAGAUGAAACGUUUCGCGUUCGAAAGCACGGCUCCUCUUCGUAGUUCGGGUUGAAUGGAAUGUAACGGAACGAAGAAUAUCAUCGGAAAAGGGGAACGAAGGAAUCGAGGAGACGCGUUACGAGUCGCGUAAACGUUUCGGUCAUCCAGACGUAUGAGAAUUGGCAAUACGCGUAUAUCAACAUCUCGAAAUGAUUUUCUAACUAUUACGGUAGGUAUCAUCGACACAUGGAUCUUGAAUAUCAUUGCGUAAAUACGGCGCGAAUGUUCAACUUGUGUAAUUGAAUAUUAAUAAAGGUAACGAAACACAUUCUUACGACA